AUGGCUGCAACUACCCUGAUGUCUCCGCCGCCUCAACAACCCUUGACAGAACUGGGGAGCGCGAACAUGAUGGAUAUGGAUUUGGAGUUGGCAGCAACAACGCCCCAAGAAAAACCCACAAAAAAACGUAAAUCGGAGCUCAAUGGCGAGGCCUCAAAGAAAAAGAAGCGCGAGACUGUGCCUGGCACCCCGAGCAAGCCAUAUGUCUGGCUCUGCCCAAUUUGUCGCAAGAUUUGUAACUGUGCGCCACAUCGGAAGCAGUAUGGCCUCCCCCCAGCGGGCUUCUUAACCUCCUUUGCGAAGGAGCAAGGACAGUCGGUCGCACAAUUACUGCAGGACCCGAAUGCUGUGGAGGCGGCCAGGCUCGCAAAGGAGAAGCGAGAUGCUGCGAGAAAGGAGAAGGGGAAGGCGCCGGGCAAGGACAAAGAUAAAGAAGUUGCGGAUGGCGGCGCCGAGAAGGAGAAGAAGGAAAAGAAGGAAAAGAAGGAUACGGAAAAGAAGAAACCGGCAGAAAAAAAGGAAAAGGUGGAUAAGUCUGCAACGGAGAAGGGAAAGGAUAAGGUGGCCAGCAACCCAAUCCCCAAACCCUCAAAAUCAGCGUUGGAGAAGAAAAAGGAUGAUAAGCCAAAAAUGUUGGCGUCAGCAGCUCCUGUGGUGAUCAAGCCUUUUGUGAAACAACCUAAAUAUGUCUCGGAUCCCGAGUUCGAGUUUAUUGGAAUUUCAUACCCCCUGGAAGUAAUUGAAAAAAGACUCCGUGUUCGCGAAUUCCUUCUUCGUUUCGAGAAGUUGAUGUAUAAGCUCCCCCCAAAAUACUUUCGUACAAUCAAUGAUCCCAAUUCAGAAUGGACGGAUCUCACAUACCGUAACCUCAUUACCAACUUGCUUGCUAUAGUUCAAGCCGAUGCAAACCAAUUCAUGAACGGAGAUAUGGUCUAUGAGGCUAUUGACAACGUAAAAAAGGUCACCGCUGACUCUCCGGACGUCUGGAAUAUCUUGAAAAACUUACUGGAGACGGUAUAUGAGGCUGAGGACUUGAAAAUUGACUGUACUGAGGAGGAUGGUAAACUAAAUGUGAUUAUGCUAGUAAUGCACUUGGCAUUACAGUCUAGUAUUAUUAGAGCAAUGAUUGAGGACGACGGAGAAAAGGAAAGGGAAAGGCACAAGUCGUCAAUUGCCCAAAUAAAAAGAUUAAAGUCUGAUUGGGAACAGACAAGGGGCGAAUUGCAGAAGGAGCGGCUGCUUCUCAAGCCCGGUGAUCGGACAGACUGGGAUGACCGCUAUGCAAGUGCUUUCAAUGCGCACAAGAAGCUCGUAGCUCGUGUUGAGGAGAAAGAAUGGUUCUCUUCCCGAAAAACGUCGGUUAGAAAUAUCCCCCUGGGAAUCGAUAUCAAGGGUAAUACCUAUUGGCUAUUUACCCAGCGUGACAAGCGUGAAGAAGAUUGGGGACAAUGGAUUGUCGUCCAGAAAAACCCUACGCUUCCCCACCCAUCUGGCACCUUACCACCAUCCGAUGAGCCCGCAAACCCACUUGACGAUGAUUCCUCCCUCCCUGACGCCCCCGAAGAGGAUGAUGAGGAAAUUGCAAAAGCACGGAUAUGGUAUGCCGUCGAGGGUGCCAGUAACAUUCGACAUCUUGCGAAGUGGAUCAGGUAUCAAACCGAUUUAUACUUUUUCAAAAAGGUCAGUGAAAGCUCAGCAUUCGCUGCAACCCCGCCAGACACCCCGAGAAAGAAGAAGAAGGAAGAGAUCAUGCCAGAUACACCUAGUAGACAGCUCAUGGUGGAGGUCCGCAUGCCGCAUCGGGCCGCAAGCCCUAAGCUGAGACCCGAGGAACUCGUCACAAAGGAAAACACCGAGGCCUUCUAUUCACAACUGCUGAAAAUCGCAGGAUUCAUGGAACUGAACGGAGAAAGCGAGAAGUUGAUUUGA